AUGGCUUUCCAUGCUAGAUCAAACAGUCUGCCAUCUAAAUCUCAUCCAGCAGUUGUUAAUGUUAAAGAACAAAUAUGCAGGCUAAUGUCCUCCAAAGAAGCAUCAGUAUCAUCCUCUUCCGUAUGCACACAGUUGGCCACCCUCAGAGAUUUGCACGAAAAUAUUAAUAAUUUGAUUCAACUUCCAUCUGUCCAGAAAGCCCUCGCCGAUGGAACUUCUGCCAAACUCCAAUCGUCUUUGAGGAGAAAUAGAGGCACUGAUGCAUAUAUGACUUCAAGGAAAAAGAUUGAAAAAAUGGUCAAAAAGUGCAUCAAAAACUUGAAGAGUCUUGAAAAAAGCUCUACAAACGGAGACAACAAUCUUAAGGCCAUUGCAAUGGUGCUAAAAGAAUCACAGGUCAUUGGCUUUUCUGUCCUCAAGUCUGCAUUGACCAUUUUUACAUCAAAGCAAAAGACAUGGUCCCUGGUAUCGAAGUUCACUCAAUCAAGCCAUGUACAUUCUCAAACAGAAGAAGAGAGCAAUGCUCAGGAAUUGUAUGCCUUGAACAUCAAUAAAUUGCGAGAAGACAUGGACACACUAUCUGGGCAAGAUGUCAUGAAGCAGUUGAAUGCAUCAGAAAUGACUAUUCAGGAACUUGAAGAGAACUUAGAAGCCUUCUUUAGGAGUUUAGUCAAAAUUAGAGUUUCACUUCUUAAUGUCCUAAGCUAUUAG